GGCGAGUCGUGAAUUCUAUGCCUCGCUAUCGAUUUCCCAACUUCACGAUUCAGAGGUCGCAAAACAAUCAAACGAAAAUUAGAGUCUUCUGUCUAGGAAAGAGUGUUGUAUUGUAAUUGUUAAACGUCGAUAUGAGGUAAGAUUGCCGUGUUUCCUUACUUAUUAUUAAGACCGAAUCAGCUUUUUGUUUGACCCUAGCGUUCCGCGCAAUAAUUAUAGACUGCAUUUUUUCUCGAUAUCCCAGCUCCAACUUGUGUUCUCUCAGUUUCAUUGAUUUGUGAUGCCCUCUCUGUUUUGUCAUUCAGCUAAUCGUAGGCAUUAAUCACUUUCAGCGGCCGAGUCCAAAAAAUAGAGGAAUUUCGCUUCAUUUUGUGGAAACGUAAGGGUGUUUAAAACUAAUUCAGCUUCAGUAUGAUCAUGACUACCACAAUAGUUCAAUGAUCGUUUCCGGGAAAGCAUAAACGGAAACUCUGGUAUUUACAUCCUGCUAUUUACUGAGAUCUCGGUGAAGUGGAGCAGUUUAAGGCGGUUAUCUAUUUUCUUAACUUACGAGGAAACAUGUGCAUUGUCACUGCAUUGUAUGCGUGGUUGUUUUGUCAUAAUUGAGAGAGAAUAAGCUGAUUUCAUCCUUGUAAGCGAGUUCUUCCAAAGAUGAGCUGAGCUGUUAUCAUCACAUGAUUGCAACAGAUCGAUUUCAAUUGUUCUCCUACUGGCUUUGAGAUCACUCGGAAGGCUUUUGUGACAUCACCUGCGCCAACACACUCUAUGAGAGUCGAUGAAUACGAAGGUUCCUAUAUUUUAGCAGCAAGAGUCUACGAAGGGUCGUCAUUGAGGAGAAACGAACGGUUCAAUCUGAGGAUGUCAUAAAAUAAAACAAUUUUUUUUUCGGGUAUUGCUGAGACACGGUCGGCGGUGUGAAUAAUGGAAAUGACCAAGUCGGUAGAAGCCACAAUGUAAAAGUAUUGGCUAUGAAUACAUGUAAUACAGUAAGCUCCUUACAUCCCCCAGCCGCCAUUCCUCAAACAAAAGGAUAAACGGCAACUGUCAUAGAUUUUCUUCCGGUCUAAAAUAAUAUUGAUGAUGAUGCCGAUUACCAUUGGACUUAAAUAAUAACUUUCCUGAUCGUACAAUCGUAAAGAUAGACAAGAUAAAACUGAGAAAGAAAAAACUUAAAAUGUUCAAACUUUGCAAAGAAACUAUUGUGGUUCGAUUCUACUGAGAAUUUUUUCCUUUGCACUCUACAUUAAGACGUUGCCACCUAAAAAGCUUAAACGAAGAGAUGGAUUUAUGAUGAGUGUAAGUUUAGCCAUGCAAAAUUUAUUCACAUUUUACUUGUUUUAUUACAAUAGCUGUCUGCUCCCCGUUGGAACACAUUUCCACAAGGUUCCAACUGUUUCCACUUUUCUUCUCGGUUUUCUUGACAACCAUGCAAACAUCAUGAUCAGAGUUGACAUUGCGCGCGCAAUCUGUAAGGAAAUGUUUUUCCCUGCUUCUCAGACUUCUGCAAGCGUGCUGAUUUUGCAGCCUCGACCGGGGUUUCAUCAACCUUCAAGGAAACACUGAGCAGGAAGAAAUGAUUAAGAUAUGACUCUUGUAACUAUGUUCCUUUAUACCAUAAUGCAAAUGCAGUAAUAUCAUCACUGUCUUAUCGUUAGCAGUUUAAGCUUUUCAGGUUGCAACAGGUAGACUAUGCAAAAAUGUGGUCACCCGGUUGUUCACAAUAUGGAAUAGUUUUAAUCUGACUUACAAAUGUGUUUCCUGGCUGUUACAGUGAGAAAUCUAUCGCCAAGGCACAAGCAGUUGUGAGGCUCUAUAACAAAGAAAAAAGACACUCGGAAUACUCUGGUGGCUCAGAAGGAAUCUCAACUGUCCAUAUUUAUCAUCAUCCCGUCAACAACACAUACAGAAUAGUUGGCAGACUGGAAAAAGAUCUGUCGGUAUGUUUGCCCUUGGUUAAUGUUAAGAGUUUUUUCCUUUACCUCCUAUCAGCUAGGAUGAAACUGUGCUUAAGUUAUACACAAUGGCUUUUUCCAACGACUUAACAGACAGACGACCAUUAACGUUGUGUCACAAUUGAUUCAUCAGGUCAAUAAUUAGAGUUUAAUACUAGGAUGGCAAACCCUAAACUCAUUUUAAUCCAGUCUCCUUUUAAUGAUGACUUCUUCAUUGGUUGCCGAAACACGUCAGUCAUAACUAUUGUCUUUUUCAGGACCGCACUUAACCUGACGAUUGCCUUUCAGCCCUUUAUGUUGAUAUAAAGUCAACUCCCCCUCAAACAACACUUAUAUGGGAUAGACAGUUCUCUAAUAAACCUCUUUAUAAGGUGGACAACUUUCAGGCUACGAUACUGGAAACUUAUAACCGUACCAACAUUGUCCACCCCUGCCCAAGAGUCAACUGGACAGUAAAGUGCUGACGUGCACUACAUUAAAAAAUCUCAGUGUAGGUUUUCAGAGUCCAUAUGACCUUAAGGUGUUAACCAGGUGGGAAUCUUGGUGUCCACUGAAAACCCAGUACCCUGCGAGCAGAGGCUUUUCGAUCAGUUCCUAGAUAAGUCGGGAAGAUCGAAGAGCCUCUGCUCGCAGGGUAGAUACCCAGGAUGUUAAGAAAAAGAGGUAUUAUUAUUAUUAUUAUUGGAAAUGUUGAUGUUAUGUUGGCUGGUUUAAGUGUCUGGACUUAUCUUUUGGGAAUCUCUCAACUGAGAGGGUUCACUUUAUUAAACUAACGUACUGGAGACCAGAUUAACAACUGUAGGUCUUCGUGGACUCUUCCUACUUAUAACUUCCUGGAAAAAAAUGUGGUUAGACAAUAUUUUAUGUUGCAGGUAGUUAUAAACUUUGCAUUGGUAAAAGGAUUAGUCUACGACCAAUCAACACCAACUUUUCACGAAUGGAGAGACCAAAGUCAAGUUUACGGUUUGCAUUUUGUAAGCGAACAGGAUGCCCAAGUUUUUGGAAAUGCUGUGUCUACCUCGCUGGAAAACCUUAAAACUAUUGGUAAGGCAUUUAAAUGUUGCAGCAAUUUUUUAUUUAUUCCUCAUGCUGUUACAAGCUUAUCAGUGAAAACGUGUCUGAAUCACAAAGCGGAAAAAUGUUUUGAUAAAAAAAAUACAGAUACACCACAUGUUUGACACGGGACAACCACGAACAACGAAAGUACGUAGUACAAGAACUUAUUAACAACUUAGUUACUAACUAAAACUUUAAGAUAAGGGAAUGAGGAUUAUUCCGAAAUGUUGACGCAGGGAUCAAUUUACUUCCUUCACUUUAGAGGAGAACCCGGCCUUACGUUCGCCCCCUUAGGCUUGGUUAAACUUUACUAGCAAAAUUUCGACCAUAAUGAGCGACUUUUAAUGCACGUACUGUAGUGACAUUUUCGAACAGAAUUUGAGCAGAAUAACAGUAAAUACGAGACACUAAGUAUAUGCAAAACAGUUGUAAGAAAAAAAAUGAAAACCUAAAUACGAAACAAAUGAAAGUAAUUAAACACAGGGCUUAAGAUUAAUGCGAUUAUUAGCUCUCAAUGACGCUCGCAUGAUUCCUUCACAUUCAUCAUUUAUUGACUAGAAAUAUAUAACAAUUAUUCACCGAAGUGGUGGUGGUGGCUAGUGAUGAGUAUUUACCGAGCCAGCGGCGAGGUAAAAACCACCACUAGCCACCGACACUGAGGUGAAUAAUUGUUUUAGUAUAUACUAAAACAGUGAGAUAAUUGAGCAGAAAAAUGAUGAUUUUUAACUCAUUUACUGUUGAACGAUUACAAUUUUGGCGCGCAAUGACCGAGCGGCCGCGGUCGUCGCUUUUUCUUGCCGACAAAUAAAACUUUUGAAGGCAUUUGUUUAGCUCUUGCGGGGAAAUUUCUUCAAAAGGAGUUGUGAAUUCUUCGUGUAUUUAAAAUCAUUCUAUAAAGAAACGAUUAAAUUUAGUUUUAAGUUUAUUUAUGAACAAGUCAACUAAAUAAAGUAACGCAAGACUUAAGCUUAAUUUGUAUUUGUAAACAAAAACCUUUUUCACUGGUUUUAUCGAUACAUUCAAGUCAAAAAGACAAAGUUUUAUACCUAUCAAAACUUCCAAACCGAACUUCAUCACCUUCUUCGUGUAUUUCGGGAACAGCUUUCUUGAUCAGUUGUGAAAAUUCUUUGUUUGUUACGGUAGCAAACCGGGAAGGCAUUUUGCUCGCAACUUACGAGUCGCUCGCUCAGAGGAACUGGAGGUGAAUCAGUGAAUAGUUAACGAUUAUUCUUUGAAAUCGAGGUGAAUAGAGGCAAAAUAUACACACGAAGUGAUCUCAACAAAAUCGGAGAGGAAACCAUUAAAAAGUACGAUUUGAUUGAGAGACAGGUCAGCUAGACACGCGACAGUUUAAAAAUAGAUCUUUGUAGAAUUUUCAAACAUGGCAAUUCACAAGCUUAUCACUUCGCAAACAACAGCGUAAUGACGUAAAUGGAACCUCUAAAAGUUUGAAUUGUUUCCUUACCUGAGAAGAAAAGAAGAGCUUUGUUGUUUUCUGUUGACUCGCCAAGAUUAUAGCCGAAAAGGUUUGUUGUAUCGUUCUUCGCAUGAAGUGUUGACAAAAAUGGCGAUUCCGUUCCUUGAGGUAAGACGUCGUCUUCAUGUAGCAUUCUUUCUCGUGUUUACUUGAAACGUAUAGAAUUUCUACAAACAUUUGCUUUCAAAUUUGUUUGUCAUAAAUAAACUUCGUCUUUGGGCCAAUUUUUUCUUGUUAGGAAACGCUGAGUUCACGAAACGGCCUCUUCUAGGCGAACAAACGGGAGUUGUAAACAAUCCAUCGAUCACAAAACUCAACAACAGUAAAUGGAAAAACGCCGUUUUGAAUCCUUCGAAGUCUUUUCUUGCCUGAAAAAAAGGCAACCCUAGGAAAUUGUCGACUUUUAAAAGAUCUUUCUCUAAGAAAAUGGGGAAAAAACCGAGCUCACACAUUAUCCACUCGCUGGGAGGUGAAUAUUGUUGAAUAGUCCGAGAUAGCGAACCAAUCAGAUUGCUCAAAUCACCAAGAUCACUGAGUGUGUAUAUACUAAUGCAGGAUAUUCACUGAUUGAGUAGCCAAUCAGAACGCGCGAAAAGCACUAUCCACUACUUCAGUCUAUACUAAAUAGAUUUAGCCAAGCCCAAAAGUGAAGCUCUCGAAGUAUCUUUUAAGAAGUGUCUGUAAGAAGUAAUUCAAAUUUCGCUACAAGCAAAAAGCAAACUGGAUUCCUCCCGAAAAAUGGACCUAAGCCUGCUAUCAAUUGAAAUCCAACAUUUGGUCAGCGAAGAACUUUAAAAAACAGGUCACCACAAUGAGAAUGUGCACCUGAGUUCGCGAUACGAUCAUGUGGUACUGAUUAGCAGAUACCCUAUUUUGACAGCUGUCAACUGACCAUAACCUGGAUGUCCAAUAUAAACGGUUGAAUACAGAUUGUAUAUGCCCUUAUUGAAUUCCAAGUCAGGGAAACUUAGAGACAUCCGCAAGCAUGAAGGGACAGAUGUACGUACUGACGAUUUUUUCCUCACCAAAAUUUCUUGGAUAAGAAAUAGGGAAUUCAGGUGUAUGCUUCUGCUUGAAUGCAUAGCUAACCAAAUUUUACUAUCCAUUAUGCUCCGCUGCGCGCGCUUCGCGUUCGAGAGAGCUCCGCUAUGAGUAGUAUUGUACAGAGUAAAAUAAAUUAGAAUUUUGCUAUGCAUCAUGCACUCACGGAGUGCUGCAAGGGUAGGUCCUCGUACCGCUGUUAUUCUCACUCUUUACAUAGGACCUCCCAAAAUCACUACGCUCUGAGGAAACUUAUCUGUAUGCAGACGGCACAACAAUAAACUGUAUCGCAGAAACGAUGGAUUUGCCAACAAACACACUAAACAAUGUUCUAGCUGAACUCAGAAAUUUGAUGGUACCACACCCAGAAAAUUGUAAAGCAAUGAUCAUGCAGCGGAAAUCAACAUUCACUGACCCUAUCCAAGCUCUUCGUCUUGGCAACAACAUCAUAAAGUGGACAACCUCAGAAAGACUCCUCGGAGUACAAGUUGAUAACAAGUUGUCCUGAUCAGAUCAUGCUGCAAAUAUAGCGAAGUCCUUUGCAUCCAAGUUAAGUUUACUCCGACGCAUGCCAUUCCUUUCUCGGAAGGCAAUUAGACACAGAAGUGAUACUGCCAUCAGUUACAUACGGUCUGACAGUGUGGGGAUCGUGCAACAAGACUCACAUAAACACCCUGGACAAAAUCCAUGCAAGGGCUGGACGAAUUGUAUGCGGGUUGCUAUGGGACACUAGCGCUGAAGAGGUCUUAAUGCAAACUGGAUGGGACAGUUUGGAAACAAUGUACAAAGUCCCAUUUAAAGAAGGUUACACUGUCACGGAACUUAAAGAUUGGUUUUUACAGAGGAAUUCAGGCCGCAGAAGAAAUCAGAACAUCAUUCUUCCAAGACCAGAAACGAAUUUAAUGUUAUAAGAAACUCCAUACGUUAUAGAGGAGCAACCGCAUGGAACAGUUUAACGAACCAGGAAACAAGGGCUAAAACCUUGAACGGAAAUUUAAACGCUGUCUUGAAAAAAUUUAUCUAUUUCUCUAUGAGUAUUUGUAGUUAAUGUCACUAUUCCGCUUGUAAGAUACGCAUGUAAGCGUCACGCAGUAAAUGACGCACGCAGACUAAGUAAACAACGACUCCAUGAUGGCGUAAUAAGGGGGUGGGUGGGGGGGGACACAGCCCUGUGGCAGGUUAUAGCGACUUCGGGUUAUGCGCACAAAAUAACAGAAGCCUUACUUAUCGCCCCACUACCCUGGGGUAGGAGAAGAGUCUUGGCAGAGCCUUUCUUAUCUCCCCAGCGCCGCACGGGCUGGAUCAGACGCAGGCAAAGGAAUAGCUCAAAAGAUGGCAAGACACAAGCAAUGCCAAAAGCUUAGGGGAAGUCGCAACGCAGACUUAACCGCAGCACAAGGAGUGACCCACCAAAAUUUAUUGAGACAUAAAACAACAACGACUCCUCCAAAGGGAGGGAGGGCGGGUAACAAAACUACUUUAAAUGAUUGCUUUCGUGCAAGCUAACCAAAUAAUGACUAGGAAUGGCAUUGUCAAAGCUUUAUAGUCAGACAGUGUCUCAAAAUACGGCCAAUAGGCACAGUUGUACUAUUAACUAUCUCAACUCAUCAUGACUAAGGUCUGGCCAUGAAUAGAACGGAAUAGGGCUUUGAAAACAGGGACCAAUCUUUGCGAAGCUAAGAAUAUACGAUGUGAAGUAUAUAUGAACAGGAGCCCAUCAAAUUUGAUGGGCUCCUGAUAUGAAAUAAUUCAUUUUUGAACUGCGGUUGUAGAUGAAAGUGAAGAAUGAUCGUCGCAGUAAAUUUUUCAAUUUAAGCAAAUGGAAAGAAGAAGCCUGAAAAAAAUCAGGGCUUCAACGGGAUUCGAACCCGUUAGCAACGCACCGGUAACGCGGAGGUCACGGGUUCGAAUCCCGUUGAAGCCCUGAUUUUUUUCAGGCUUCUUCUUUCCAAUUGCUUACAUUGGAAAAUUUACUGCGAUGAUCAUUCUUCACUUUCUUAAAAUAUACGAUGACAAACAUGCGACAACUUAGUGAGGUUCUAGCCAUGAAAAGCUUUUGUUUUCUGCUUAAAGAAUAGAGUGCUUUCAUUUAAUGAAUGAGCCUAAGCAGAGGCAGGCUUCCUCUGCCUAUCCCCCUGGGGCUUCAUGCUCCAUUAACUGCAUUUACCCGCUGGUAAAUGCCUCAUUAGUAUUUAGGGUUUAGGCCACGUUUUCCUAUUAUAUUUCCCAUAUUUGGAAAACUACAUAUGGUCCAAAGGGCCGAAAAUUUUUCCCAUCUCGAAAGAAAAUGAAAAGAAUUUAAUACGUAUCUGAGUAGAUUUCACGAAGUAAGUGAUUUUUACAAGUAUUGCUGGCAAGCAGAAUACUCAACCAUCUUACAAGCAGAACAUGUGGUGUUAAGCCUGUUCCUCGUUUACACCAUCACUGACCCUAACUUCAAAAACCAAAGAAUUUCGUACUCUUAAAACUUCUUUUUAAUUUUACGAUCAGGGUUUCAAGAGUUAAAGCAGUUUGAUCCUCUAUCUUAUGCGAGUAAUGGGACAAAGAAACCAGAUGAGGUAUCCUCACGUCAUCGAGAUCAGCCACAGUUUGAUGCUUUUGACAAGUAUUCACCUGGAGAGGCACAGAACGAGAUGCAACGUGAGAGACAAAGACCUGGUGUAAGUUUUGCUUUGUUGCCAUGUUUCUUUUGUGUCUUGGGGAACAGCGUGCGACCUUCACUCACUUAUCGUCGGUAAAUUGUCGUAAUGACAUUCAUUCAUUUAUUUACUCAGAAGUUUAAUGACGCAUGACUCAAAUGUACCACUAGACUGCGCUGCAGGCUCUUGCAAGUAAUAUGGGCCUGUAUUUCCGUCGCGCCCUCCUUUCUCUCUGUCGCACCCUUAACUUCCUACAUCUGCUAUGCAGGCUAAUGUUCGACGCUUGGGUGGGGAGAGCUUAUCGAGGCGAGUAUUGUAACAAAACACAUCAUACUAAUACAUGAAAGUAAUACAAACGGACUUCUUGUCAGUGAAAGGAGAAAUAAAAAAGAAAGAAAGAAAAAGUAGAAGAAGAAGAAGGAGAAGAAAAGAAAACUCAUUUUUAAGAAAUUAUAGCAAGCAAAAUCACAAGAAGAAUUUGCAAAGAAAAACCGGAGAACAUUAACUAGCUAGUGACAAUCUGUAAAGACUCAUUUAUGCACGUCAUAUGCUAAAAUGUACAUUACAGUUACAGAACCAGGGGAAACUUGCGAAAUCUCUAUCUAGGGGGUUUAAUUUUCAUGAAUCAUACAGUCAUCCAUUUUAUUGACAGAAUAAUUUUUUUAGGAAAGUGCAGUUCCCUCGCCGAUUUCGCCAAGGCCACAUCCAGUGAAACAAUCAAGUAAGUUUCUACAAGGCACAAGACAGACUGCCUCAGCAUUAUUAAACAGGAAGAGGACGGAAGUCAAACCUCCCUAACCAGGCACUGUUAUUGUCACUCAGUGUACUGGUUACAAAUUAUACCAGGCAAUUGGACAUGAAUUACAAACUUAAAUAUCUAAGGAUCUGUGUGGUCGAUGAACAACUAACUGGUGUUCGAACAAUACAUCUGACUAUAAACUAAAACUUGUCUGACAAUUGAGAGGAGAAGUCGUUACGCUACGUUGCCAUUAUCGCAAAAUUUCUGGAUCUCAACAAGCCGUGGUCCUGCAAAUCUGGCAGCCAUGUCGAUCAGUGCGCUCACAUCUUUCUUCGCUGAUCAGCCGAAAUCGAUUAAUCGAGUGCACGGGGAGACCAGUAUAAUUCUAAAUAUGUUGAUGCCACUGAAUUGUAGUCAACAGUUUAAUACUGUCACCGUACAAACGACUAAUUGACGGACUAAACAAUACACAACUGUUAAACUGUGACAAUAAACGGAUCGAUACGCACCAAUGACAUUGAGAGUCUUCAUAACCAAUAACAUCACGGCCUAACUGACAGACGACCAAUAACAUCGCGACUUAAGUGACCAAUCAGAUCAACAACCAGAGUAUAAUAUCAUCAACUGACGUGAUACAACCCACUUUGACUCUGAAGAUGACUACGGAACAGGUUGUAAAAACGUCAGUCACCGUCAACAGCAGUCCUAUUAAGGACUACGUUCACCCGGACGAUGCUCAACCUAUUUAUGAAAUGACUCCCGGGUUCAAACCUUUCACUAGUUUUAAAUUUUCUAAUAAGGAGUUUUUAAGAUGUCACUACGGUGACAGUAACGGCAUCGAAAAAAAGCAAUAGGUCAAGAUUAGAAAAGCGACAACUUGUAUGAACAGCACAUACUUUUGUACAUUUCUUUGCAGUUACUGCACAACUACGACGUCAAUUAAACAAAUAGACAACAAUUAUCCAUGGUCUGUACUCUUAUAGACUACAGAAAUGACGUCAAAAUGUUCAAAACUCAAGUGUAACCACGAGUUGCAGGCGAGCGGUUUCACUGUAGUUUCACAGCAAAGUUUUGAACUUUUGACUCCAUUUCUACCGCAACAUUGACAGUUUUGACAGCCAUUUCCGUUGAAGUUUCUCGGACAAUCGGGCACGCCGGAGAAAGAGAAAAACAAAUUGUGUCACCAUCCAGUUAUUUCUAUGGUCUGCAUGGUCUGGUACAUAGAUUUUGACCAAUCGACGCGCGAGGAAUCGUUCAGUUAAGGUAAAAUGUCUAAUUUCAUGUUUUAUAGACCAUGUGUACACACAACGACGGAUUUCACUUUCUCUAUGCAAACUUGGAUAUUUUUCUUAAGAAUUCAACCCCAGGAGAGUUUCCUUGUGGCAUAUGACAAAGUGAGGGAGUUGACAUAAUCGAUCUGAACUUUCAAAGAACACGAGGUCGCUUUUUAUCCUUUUAGCUAGAUGAUGCUUUAUCUUUUGUUGAGAUUUAGAAGUUUUGCUACCAUGGUAACAUGCGGUCACACCUUGCCGGAGGAUGUACGAUGGCGUAUGUUUUUGAGGCGAGAAAAAUCAAGAACUAUUGAGCGAAGUCUUGUAGUCUCGAGAGGUGGAGGGAACUUAUAAAAGUAUUACAGUACGUUGGUAGGCUUCGCCCUAAGGUCCAUCCACUUACCCCUUCAUAUACAGCCUGUACCGUUAAAACAGAAGGUAUCCCUAUCGUAUGCCUUCUAAUGAUACAAGUUUCACAUACCUACGUAAGAACACUGAAUUCAAAGGCCCUUUUAAGUACCUAAAUGACAAAUUUCCAACCUUUCAUUCUAUUCAACUCUUAAUAUCCCCACACUAUUAUGGGCCAUUAUAGGGAGUACCCCAACUUCUAAUGCUUGAGAACCCCCCCGGAAAACGAUUGUUGCAGGCUAUGUGACUUAAACCCAUAGUUUACCUGAAACCAUUAGUCCAAUAAAUAGUCCUCAUAGACUGAUUGGAUUGCUAAAACUAAUUUUUUGUGGUUCAAAGGGUAAAAUUUUUGACCUAUUUAUCUAUCCAUGUUCAGUUGUUCAUGUCUGUCUCAUAUAUCAGAAACCCGGCCAUCUGAGAUGACAAAAGAUGAAGCUCAUUCAAGCAUCGUAUCGGAGAGUAGGAUCACAAACAUGGCUUACCUGAACCAAGGAGAAGAGAAAGAAGAAAACGAGGAAGGUAAAGGCAAAGGCCAGGAAAGUUGGCACUUAGUUCAAAGAUACAGAUUCGAUACAUUUGGGGUUAGCAUUUGACACCGAGGAUAUUCUUGGUAUUGAGUUCAAUCUAAUGGAUAUUUAUUCCGUGGGAUGCCUGUGGCACCUCACGGUAAAAAUCCGGUUCGGUUGUACCCAAAAUUGCAAAGCCAGCCAAUAGGAUUGCCUAAAAUCUUUAUCGAUUAUCUCUUCUUCCAAGCCGACCAAUCAGAUUGUACAAAAUCUGUAUCGAUUUUUAAUCGAUUUGCUUCCUCUGAAAAACGUUGAAAUCAGAACGUUCCUUCCCAAUUUUGUCGCGCUAGAUUCAGGAGUUUUCCCACUCGUGGUUUAGGAUGGCUUUUUAACCAGCGAAAUCCUUCGGGAUACCGGCAAGUCACGAAAGGCGACCUAAGCCAAAUUAUUUCUUUCCUUCAUGAUUCUUUUUUGUUCAGGUCUAGCUUUUUCAUAAGGUUUUAGUAGCGUCUGGUUGCGGGCCAUGAUUUCCGAUAGAUUUUUCUAUUCGGAGUUCGCCAGUUUUUGCCGAGCACAGCUAGAGUUCAGUUUUUUUCUUUUCUCAUCGAAAACACCUUGACGAUGGGAGGUUAAAUUGCGUAAAUUUCAACUCGUACCCUCGACGAUUGGCGGUGAAAUCGCGAAAAUAUUGUCCUCGUCGAUCGACGACUCGCUUUCGGCAUGGAUUGGACACGGAUCAGGACCUUAGUAAACUUAUUAUACCUUGGAAUCAGGGAUAAUCAUUAGAACUAUGUUAACUUUGAGACCUUGGAAACACAUUGCAAUUAAUUUUUAACCGUUUCAAGAGCAUCUUGAAUAUUAAACUUUCAUCUUGGAUUAAAACAUUGGAACUUUAUCUAACUUUGUAACCCUGGGUUCGACCCUGGAUAAAGCAAGCGGAUGUUUUGUUUUGUUUUGUUCCAUUAAUCCAAAACUACAAGGUUUAUUUCUCUUUGAAAAAGUUACCUGUUGCAACUUACUACCAAGAUAUGACGUAUCUUUAUACAGAGAGCAUUAUGCGCAUGUUCUCCAUUAGUUGUUUCCGUUAACAUUCCAAUGUAAGUUACACGGGUAAACCUUGUUUUGAUGCAAAAUAACUUCUUUUUCUUAUCCAAAUCGUGCUAUGAAAAUAACUACAUAGCGAUAGAUCAAAACAAGAUCAACUCCAUCCUUGCGACCACUGACAACUAUAAAUUUAGCUUGCGUAGCAGGUAUUGAAAGGGGUAGGGGAUAGAGAGGAAGCAAAAAGGGGAUGUGGAUUGGGGAGAAAUAGUAGCCUGCCACGCAGGCUACUAUAAAUUCAGUCAUAACCACAUUAAACCAACCCAUACAGGUAACCUACUCAUCGAUGCUCAUAACAUGACACAUCUUUCCAGUUUCACGUAAUAUAUCAAACAUGAGACGCAGUGUUUCAUCACCAGAUGAAACACCGAGAAGAGAGUUGAAAAUACGACGCGCAGCGAAGUAUUUUUGACGAACUUCGAGGUGUUUCAUCUGGUGAUGAAACACUGUGUCGAAUGUUUGAUAUUUCGUCUCAAACAAAAUCAUUUUUGAAGGAGAAAUUAAGGAUGCAAAUACUGAGCAGUUUUUCAUCCGAUUUCCAAACACUCAUUAAACAUUAAUUUUCUUUGUAUUUUCUUUAUGAAUUAUUAAUGAGUUUGAGAAUAAUAUUUCCAAAUUCAGAUAGAACGCCACUAUGCUUCCAUAGACCAACGCAUCCCACGGAAACGACUUUAGGCAUCUUGUCCUCAGUUUAGUUUAGAAAGGAAAUGAGUGUUUGUAAAUCAGAUGAAAAAUUCCUCUUGUUUGCAUCCUUAAUUCUUCUUCGUGUUACAUCUAACACUAUGAAGAAGUGAGGUUUUUUUUAAAGCGGAGGCUCCAUUGCUAUAGAAAUCGGAAAACUAUCGUCAGCGGACGCCUGUCCGUCCGUCGCCUGUCCGCCCCUACAGACUGGCAGGGAGGGACUAAGUAGACACGAAAUCUUCACCUCUUUCCCUAGAGAGUUUUUUGUCGCCUAUUUUUUCAAAAGACUUUAGAACUGAUUGGCUAAUCAGAAUCUUUCUACUGAGUAUAAUAAAUAGAUUUAGACAGGGCUAAAAGCGAUGCAGCUCUCGUUAGUAUACAAGCAUUUCUCAAAACAGAAACUUUUGUAAAGAUUUUUAGAAACAGUUCAGACGUCGGACUACUCGCCUUACUUGAAUAAACCUGAACUGUUGUUGUUGUAUAUGUUUCAUAAUUGAAUUGUUAUUCACGCUCUUAUUCAUUACUUGCCGUUAAAGACUUUUGCACUGUGCUGCUGUUUUCCCCAUGCAUCAUUUCGCGAAUACCGCUUGAAUGAAGUUUGAUACCUUUGUGUACCCUUUCUAUCCUCGCCGAAAACAAGUAUCUUAAGGUGGCUCGACUGGAUUUUUUUUAGGGGGAUACCUCCCAAGUUUGAGCCUUAACUACGUCCGCAUGAGUAAAGAUAUGGAAAAAAGGUUACCACAACUGUAUUACAUAAAGAUGAAAAUUUCUUAUGAUCUGGGUUUUAUUGCAAUCGGAGUCGCCAUGGCAACGUAAUGACGCCAUUACGUUUUUCAUUUACUGUUGUGUUUCUCUGUACCAGGAGUUUUUUGAAGAAAUCGCUUAAGGGAGUAUGUACCCGCAAUAAUUGCCUCCAUUAUGGUAAAGUUUGAAGAAAUUCUAUGAGAGCGUUUUCGAAAUAUUUUGAAAUGCAGUUUCAAGAAUCAUAAAAACAGUGAAAUAGCAUGCUAGCCGCACAAUUCGCUAAUAUUUUAAGAAAAUGAUAAGCUUUGGGAACGCGGCUUCAUCUCAUAGUGGUUUGAUUCCAUUGAAAACUGCAUACAAAAAAAAAGGGGAAUUAAUCUGGGCGAUCGCGAGUAACAGGAAUUUUAUUAACUUGCAUUCAGCUGCUUUUGAUACAGUUUUAGGAGGUAAUUUGGUCCAUGCCUAAAAAUUUCGCAUUUUUCCAAAAACGGUCGAUAAAUUUUUUUAUAAAUUCGACAAUUCCGAGAUCAAUUGUCAAGAAAUAUUCCCUGCAAGUUUCAAUAACAUUGAAAACAGGGAAGGCUUUUGAAUAGGGCCUCAAAUAUAGCCAAUUUUCCCCCUAGAUUUUGUGUUUACAUGCGAGCGUCCUCAUUAUUCACUGGCAUUGUUUUCAAGUUUCAUAUACACGUGCACAUUUAGCAAAAAGAUAGAAUUUGCAUCAAAAAGGACCCUCGGUUAAAUCUCCGGGAUAUGCUAAUUACCGUGUAAAGAGGUAAGUGAUACAUUAUAACAUCAGAGCAACUCUUUGUGAGAGUUUCUGUGAUGUUAUAACCCGAUUAAGAUAAUUAAUUAUUGCAUCCUACACGAUGAGCCGUGACGUUCACCGUUUCGGCUCUCACUGCUAUCUGUGACGACAAGCCAAUUAUUAGCAUAUACCGGAUAUUUCUUCGGAGAGUAAUCGACAGUUCUUUUUGAUGCAAAUUUAUAUCUUUUGCUAGUUGUGCACGUGCAUAUGAAACUUGAAAACAAUGCCAGUGAAUAAUGAGGACGUUCACUUGUAAACACAAAAUCUGGGGGGAAAAUUGGUUAUGUUUGAGUCCCUAUUUAAAAGCCUUCCCUGUUUUCAAUGUUAUUGAAACUUGCAGGGAAUAUUUCUUGACAAUUGAUCUCGGAAUUGUCGAAUUUAUAAAAAAAUUUAUCGACCGUUUUUGGAAAAAUGCGAAAUUGUUAGGCAUGGACCAAAUUACCUCCUAAAACUGUAUCAAAAGCAGCUGAAUGCAAGUUAAUAAAAUUCCUGUUACUCGCGAUCGCCCAGAUUAAUUCCCCUCUUUUUUUGUAUGCAGUUUUCAAUGGAAUCAAACCACUAUGAGAUGAAGCCGCGUUCCCAAAGCUUAUCAUUUUCUUAAAAUAUUAGCGAAUUGUGCGGCUAGCAUGCUAUUUCACUGCUUUGAUGAUUCUUAAAACUGCAUUUCGAAAUAUCUCGAAAACGCUCUCAUAGAAUUUCUUCAAACUUUGCCAUAAUGGAGGCAAUUAUGGCAGGUACAUACUCCCUUAAGCGAUUUCUUCAAAAAACUCCUGGUACAGAGAAACACAACGAUAAAUGAAAAACGUAAUGGCGUCAUUACGUUGCCAUGGCGACUCCGAUUGCAAUAAAACCCAGAUCAUAAGAAAUUUUCAUCUUUAUAUAAUACAGUUGUGGUAACCUUUUUUCCAUAUCUUUACUCAUGCCGACGUAGUUAAUACUCAAGCUUGGGAGGUAUCAACCCAAAAAAAUCCAGUCGAGCCACCUUAAGUGAGUAAUAGUUUUCCUUUCUUCUAACGACAGACUCGUCGGCUUUUCCAGCCCGAGUUCGCCUUUUUGAAAAAGUUUUAAGUUGUUGUAACGUUUAUAAUUUGUAGCGUAUUAAGUCUAUCGCACCGCGCGACAUCUGGACAAUUACCGCACAGUUUGUGUAGGUUAACGAAUUAUUGUAAUUAGUAGUUAAAGAAAAAGGUUAAAUAGGUUAUUUUCUGUCCUAGGUCUGUCCCCCCUUCCAAAAAAAACAACCGCCAACAUGGUAAAAUUGUCUAAAAUCAGAUAUUGUGAGGUAUCAAUGUAAAGGCUAGACACAACUGUUCGUCCAGGCCCGAUAAGAAAACACAAAAUUAGCCUACGGGAACACAAAAGUCGGCAUGAUUUUUCUUUAAGGUCUUCCCGUAAGACAGAAAUACUGACCCUAGAAAACGUUACCGGUAAAUCGUCGCUACUGAAGAGACCUAUGACUUCGCAAAGUGGUGUGGUGGGGGUUUCAAUGAUGUAGUUCGGAAGAAUACUACUAUACUGCAAUCGAACUUGAAACAUAGUGACUUUCUUGCUGUAAACAAACAACCUUCAGCUUGCUGGAAGAGGUUUUUCAUUUUCAGGUGUGUUUGCGAGUUCUUUUUUCUCAAUCAACCAAUCCCUGCCUUAAAAGGUGAACUGAUGCCAAAGGUUUCUACAGUUAAGUAGGGAUUUGAAGAUUUUUUUCUAGUGGGUUAGAGUAAAUUAGUUUAAAGUUAAUUUCUUUAAUUAUAAUUGUGAUGAAAUACUGUAUCGGAUGCUUGACAGGUGGUUUGAUAAUCAUAUCAAACAAGGUGAUUUUAGAAGGGGAAAUUAAGGAUGCAAAGAUAAGGAGUUUUUCAUCUGAUUUAACAUUGAUUUCCUUUGUAUUUUCUUUAUGAGUUUGAGAACCCUGUAGUGACAACUCUUGAAUGUGCUAUAGUUGGAGUCUUCAAUUUUAAACAACAUGUGAACGUUAACGAUGUGCGGUCUAUAUACGUGGCACGAACAUUAUUUUUGAAUAAAAACUUUUUUUAAAACGUCAGCUUUCCAAGGAUAGAUACUUGAUUCUAUAUGGGAAAUGAAAUGAAUCAGAAUUCCGAAAAAGGACGCAACUGUCUUCAAAGAACAGCAAAUUGGACAUAUUCUGUCUUAAACAGGGCUAGGAUUUGGAGGCUUUGGUGGCACACCCCUAGUCAAACUUUAUUGAAUACCCACCGACCUUGAUGGAAACCAUGCUCAACGAUAAGAAAAUCACCAAGAAAUCGCAGUGAAAUGUCUACGGAAUCACAUGAGAAUUGCCUGAAACAUAUUCCGUGAAAGCAACCUAGGGAGACAAAGAGAAGUCUGUUAUCAGGGACACCCAACGUCAAUUUUCGAAAAAUAUCUGUUCGGAAGACGAUUGGAGAUCUAGAAUUUUCGGAACAUUUGUUGUAAAAUUCCUUACUUGCCUGCCUCUCCUAUGAUUUCGAACAUCUAAAAAAUGGUAUAAUUCCCCUUUUUCAACGGAUUUUUACCCGAAAAGGUCACCUAGAAUUUUCGGUAGCCUUUUUUCUGGCUGAAAUUUUCGAAAACGUAAGUUUUGAUCCCUAUAUUUUUCGGAUCACUAGACUUUCAGGUAGGGAAUCCGAACAGAUGAAAAAUUUUUAGGGGAUAAAUAUAUGCCUAUAUCUUCCGUUUAAAUACUAAAACACGUUUAAUAAUGCUAUGUUUAAGUGGUUUUGAACUAUAGUCUCGUUGCGCGCCCCUGUGUUAUUAACUUUUGACUAACUAGAAGUCACCAAAGAUUAUUGCUUUACUGCGCUCUGUUCUUUUCCUUAUGUUUCUCAUUACCUUGGUACUGAAAUACUUACGAAUGGCCAAUGACUGUUUUCUUAACUAAUAAAAGAAAUUGAAUAAAAAUAUGAUUUAAGACAGAUAUGAUAGAUUACAGAAACUUAUAAUCAAAAGGUCACAAAUAAUAUUUUUCAUGACAUUUUUUAGAAAUAUCAAACGGUGGUACUGGACUAGCAUUUUCUGGUGGUGGCAUCAGAUCAGCGGCCUUUUGCUCCGGAGUCCUGUGCAGUUUACUUAAGAGUGGAGUUGAAGUGGAUUAUUUAAGUUGCGUGUCAGGGGGUGGCUUCACAGGCGCAGCUUACCUGGACUGGAAAUGUCACGAAAAAAAGAAAGUUGACAGCGGAGAAGGCCAGGGUAACGGAGACUGGCACGAGGAUUUCUUUAACCACAUGAAAGACAGAUCAGGAUACAUCUGUGACUGGACUGGCUUUUGUAAAGGCCUCUGGGACACCUUAGUCUUCUUCACCCUCAUGGCUCUAGUAUUGGUCGUCCUCCCAGUAAUUAAAUGGGGAACGUAUGCAUUUCCAGUAGCGGUUAUGAUUGAUCUCUUCUGGAUUGGAAAUUUGAUGCGAAAGUCAGCUGACUGCGAUGCCGCCUUAGAGGGACAAAGAGGAAUUAAUGCGUCUGCAGUGCCUGACAAAGACCUCAUCGACCGUUGUCUUAGUGGAAAUCACAAACGUGAUAUAACUAUACUCUUUUGCUCUCUGUUUGCUGGUUUUGUUGUCCUUUAUGUCGUCAUCUCAAAACUUAAAAAAGAAUUUUUGAAGUAUCCUUGCUUAAAAAGCGUUCUGCUACUGUUUGAAUAUGCUGCCGCUUGUGUGUUAAUAUUCACGUUUAUCCCGUUCACAAUUUAUGACUUUUUUGCGAAGAUCGCUUUGUGGCAACAGGUUUUGGUUGGAAGCAUUGCUGUGAUUGUCUGGGUUGCUAUUCCCUUCCUGCGUAAAAAGACCUCAUAUGUCCUGAUAGUCUAUGCUUAUUCUUUUGUUAUAUAUUGGAGGGUGUUUAGAGUUGACGUGCCAGUUUUCUUUUUUAAACACGAGGAUCACGUGUCUCAUUGGCUGCUGUUUUUCUCUGGAGUUGCCUUGAUGAUUUCUUUCUUCACGACAAAUUUGAAAGAGGAACUCGUGCAUCGCUAUUUCAGGUAAGAAAAAUAUAGGUCCCACAACUAGAGGAAGUACAACAAGGAUCUUUUAAGGGCCCGUCACGAUAAUGCAUAUGAGCGACGACUGUGAUUGAAUUCUCCGGUGGGUCGGAGGAACAGAAAAGUUAUACGCAAUCUUUAAUCACUAAAGCUGUAUAAAUCGUUAAUACAGCUUUUGCAGAACAGUUUUGAAGAGAUGGACAAAAAAAGCAUGUUUUCUAGGGAGCUGUUUUGGAAAUUGUAUUAUCGGAUUCCGGAAUCUGGAGAAUUUGUGCUUGUGGAAUCCGAAAUCCUGGGCUUUGGAAUCCGGAAUCCGGAAUCCCUGAAGAUUCGAGUCCGCAAUUCAAGUUACACUGAUAAGGAUUCUGGAAUCCAGUACCUGGAAUCUGGAAUCCACAAGCGAGGAAUUCUGAAUCCAAGAUCGUACAUGGGGCUAGCUAAAAAAUAAUUUGAUUUUUCAGAUGGAGGGUACAGAAAGCGUUUUUUCACGAGAAAAAUAACACGAAGCCCCUGACCCUAGCAGAUCUGGCAGGCACGAAGCCCGAGUAUAUAUCCAACAUUGUUGUGAACCGUUGGAAGAACAACGAGAAAGACAAAACGAACUAUACCCUGUUAACUAUGUCACCCUCGGGUAUACAGCGUUUUGACCAGCAAGGAAAAAGACAGUUCGAAGGCAAACUGGAACCAAAAGACGUCAUGUUGUCAGAGGCCAUGGCGACAUCUGCAGCAGUACUUUCUAGUCACAUGGGAAAAUAUGAAGAAUCUGUUGAAGGAUUGACUCGUCUUCACACCAUUCUUGGACUUGACAUGGGUGCUACGAUGAUAAGUGAUAAAGGAUACCGAAAGAAGGUAGCAUAUUGGACACAUUUUCGUGAUGAAUUUCUCUCGAUUGAAGGUGAUGUCACGUUGCACGGGACAAUUCGUUGCGACAUUGUUGCGAUAUUGCUUCCAAUGGUUACAACAUUGUUCCAACAUUACAAAGCUGUGUUGCGCUAGUGUUAAUCGUUGUUGCGAAUUUUCCCGUGUAACAUGACUGUCAUUGAAUUACGCUUGUUUAAAAAUGGCAAAAGCAUGAAAUUUUCACGAUUUCUUCCCCUCUAGUUCCUAUGAUAUAUAUUAUUUACAGUUUCUUUCAACACCUGUUCUGUUUCAGACGUCCGUAACACUGUAUAUAUAUUUCAAAUUUUUUUCUGAACUUUCAUAAACGUACCUUGAUCAUGAUGAAGGAGAAAAGUGAAUACAAAAAGAUAAAUGAACGAAUAAGUAAAAGUUCAGUCUGAAGGGAUUAAAAUGAAUUACAAGAUAAAAACUGCUCUCCUAACUAAAAAUUGAUAUAUCAAUCUAUAAAAUCACUAACUGCGUGCUUUAAAACGGAGGGCGAAUUGUUUCGGAGUUGGUCAUAAACGCAGAAUUUCACUUUCAUGAUCACCUCUACGAUCUUCAACAUAAUAACCUUCCCAGAACAAUAAUCUUCAACACUGCCUUCACAUUGCAGAUAGAGACGUGAUUCCUUUAGCUUUACUGUGAUGUCACCCUUACUAUAAACUUUAUUUUAUCAAUACCGUCAUUAAUUAACCUCAUCACCUUUAUCACCCGAUUGUCAUCGUCUCAUUUCCAUAACUAUUCAUUUUGCAGAGGAUGUUAUCGUUAUCUCGACCCAUUUUAAAUGCUUCUUUGCCAUCCUCCUCUUAUAUCGUUCUUUUUAACUCAACAGUGCCCCCGACUGUUGGCGACGUUUAUUUUAGACUUUGUUCGUGGAUUUCUCUUGAUUAUUCCAACAAUUUGUUAUCGUCAUGGAAGCAAACGCUAUGAGCCAGCACUUUUGGGAUGCAUGAUAGCUUUCCUGGUAAUACACGCCUUGCUGGCGUUUAUCACAGUCCUUGAUUUAGCGUGUGAAGAGGCUGUCCCAGAUUCAGAAGCAAAAGGUUGUGAUUGGUUCGUCAGGUGAGAGUAAUGUUAGGGUUGAUUUCCAGUGUCGCGUAAUUUUUACGUACGUACGUGCGUAAAAUUUACGUUUGCAAAUAAAAUAGAAGCAAUUCAUAAAAGGUCGCUCGUAGGCGUAAAAGUUGAAGUUGACGUUUUCAGGCCCGUAGCUAGGAUUUUUUUACGGGUGAGUGCGAUUCUUCGAGGAGACGGUGCAAACGAGGCUGGAGGCGCACUAAGGGGAAAAAUUGGGAUCUCGGAGAUUGCAUUACAAACAUGGACAUUUCUUAAUUUUUUGGAACUUCAAAUUGAUUUUUUUGGCUUUUUUUGCAAAGAGACUACUUUCUUUUACAAUUUUUGAGAAUGGCAGAUGUCAAUGUCACUGUUUAGAAAGAAAAAAAAAAUAGGAAGAAAGUUUUAAAUCCGUAUAAUUCGCUAGUUUGGCUGCUGAUCAUCACGAUCUUUUAGUAGUGUCCCAAACUCAAACCUCCUUGGUUGCUUUUUAGGAGGGUCUGAAUGGGGAAGGUAGGGGGGGGGUCCACUUGUCGGUUGUCGGUUAAAAUUCAGUUAUUUUGUCGGUAGUCGGUUCAAAUUUUCCAUCUUUGUCGCUUGUCGGUAAAUCUCAGUUAAUAGGUAACAUUAAUAUUUGCCAUAUACUUUACCCACUUUCAAGACUUUGAUCCCUAUUAAACGUGAAAAAGUGUAAAAAUGCAUCAUUUGAUUGACCUUAUACUUCAUUAACUCUGGUUUGUUUAUGCACCACGAUGCAUUCUAAAGGGCGCGGUAACAUCUGUACCUGUUCGGUCAUCCUAGGGGAACUUGAGUCUUUUCGAAAUAACAAGGGCUUCAGUAUUAUUUUGCAGAAAAUUGUAGAUGCAAUUUAACGUAUUACGAAAGUGAGAAUUUUUCUGAUUCCUCUACCCAUCACAUUUUUUAAUUAUCUGAAAAUGUUAGGUUUCCUUUUUGUACGAAAAACCUGGGAAGUGAAAUGUAGAGAAUUAAACUUCAGAAAAUCGUAAGGAAAUAAUUAGAUAAACUUCGAAAAUUGCACAUGAAUGGAACAGGCAUCUAUAAAUUUUUAAGGCUUCCUCAAGCAAUAGAAAAUUGUAGGCAGCAUUUGCUUCUCCGAACAGAUAUUAUAUUUUACAGAGAACAGUCGUUGGGUGGCACUGAUCAAGGAUAGCUUAUUCGUUGAAUUUUGUGCCUUUGCAGGAGCACCAAACGGCAAUUUUCGGGAAAAUAUCUGUUCGGAAGACGAUUUGAGAUCUAGAAUUUUCGGAGCAUUUGUUGUAAAAUUUCUUGCUUGCCUGCCUCUCCCAGGAUUUUCGAACAUCUACAAAAUGGUAUAAUUACCCAUUUUUAACGGAUUUUGACCCUAAAAAAGGCCACCUAAAAUUUUUCGGGAGCCUCUUCCUGGCUGAAAUUUUCGAGAAGGAAAAUUUUUAUCCCUAUAAUUUUCGGAUCACUAGACUUUCAGCUAGGAAAUCCGAAUAGAUGAAAAGUUUCUAGGGGAUAAAAAUAUGCCUAUAUCUACCGUUUGAAAAUACGUUCAACAAUGCUAUGUUAAGUGGUUUUGAACUAUAUCCUCGUUGGGUGCCCCUGCCUUUGUACACAACUGUGCCUCAAAACAUUGUCUCAGUGAAUUUCGGUGGUGAAUUUAAUAGUAGGGUAAUGUAAGUUUGCUUGUAGAAAGAAGGAAGGAAGAAAGCUACGAUGUCUGGUUUACUUAUGUCCCACUGCGAAAAAAGGUUAUCCAUGUAGUGUUUCCAAACAGUUGGUUUAAAGUCGAUUUUGCUUCGACGUUGUGUUUCAAUAUAUGCCAUGAAAAUGUUGGCAAAGGAAACUGCUGUCUUUGUGCCCAUCGUGGUACUGUGGGUUUGUAGAUGGAGCUUUCCACUGAACUGGAAAGAAUUUUCUUUGAGGAUUAAUCUAAGUAUUUCUCGCAGGUAAUUAACGUGAAUGAAUGAGUGGGUUGUUUUGUAAAAAUUUUCAUACGCUCUGCAAACUAUUCAAUACCUCUUUUGGUGGUAUAUUUGUAAAAAGACUUGUAACGUCCAUCGAAACAAGAAAUGUUCGGUUUUUCACCUUUGUCUUUCAAUAAAAUUUAAAUCGGUGGUAUCGUUGUGGUUACUUACCAAAAACGUAGAAAAAAUACAAUUAUGAUGCCCUGCUCUCUGAAAAAAUAUAGAUAAUGUCGGUCCAUGUCGGUAGUCGGUUAAUAUUUUUCCUGUCGGUAGUCGGUAAUUUUUUUCGCGUUUUGUCGGUAGUCGGUAAUAUUUUUCGCCCUUUGUCGGUUAACCCCAUUCACACCCACUCUUAGCAAACAUAUCAGGGACUUCUUUUAGAACACUCUGUCUGUUAGAUAAUAGAUGUAGAUAAGAGCCAAGUGAAGAGGGCCUCCCUUGUAGGGUAAUAUUGGCAAAAGGAGGAAUGAUAACAUGUAUCCCGUCGUAAGACUUGCAUAAUUAUAAUACACUCGAAAAGGCUUGGAGUUGCACUGAUGCAAGCAACACUCUGGACCGAUUGACAGUGGAACGUUUUACAAGAGUAGGGUAGCUUUAAUAGGACGGCUACAAUAUCGUCGAGCAGCGCUAAAGAGCUGGGACCAGCAUGCCAGAUAUCCUAUUCACUAUUAAAACAAACCCUAAGCCGCUAAAUAAAUAAAUAAAUAAAUAAAUAAAUAAAUAAAUAAUAUCACCGAGACAUUGUUUUAAAUUGUUCAUCAACCAAAAAAGUGGGCCUCUGUGGCCUGUGUGUAUGUAUGUGUGUGUGUGUGUGUGUGUGUGUGUGUGUGUGUGUGAGUGGGGGGGGAGCGCACCGGUCGCACCCCCCUCUCUACAGGCCUGGGGUUUUCAACUUCUCGUUUAAGCUCAGCACUUUUUAUCUUGCCUCUAUUUUAUUUACGUGAUUAAAAUUUACGUGCCUUGAUGUGCGUAUCCAAAAACGCGUCAGUGGAAAUCGACCUUUACUGUAAAAGACGACUUUUUUGUUCUAUUCGAUAUUCAACUUGGUAUUAUAGUUUUUCCCAGCUGUCGCGAGUUUUAGAUGGCUUUUCCUUCCUCAGAGUCAUAAUGACAAACACUGAUCAGUUGAGGAAUUGCCUUUGUAGGUUCUCAAUGUUAAGGGGGGUAUGUUAAUUUUCUUAGUGGUUCCAGGGAUUAUUAUGAUUAUUAGCAUUUAUUACCCCCAUUAUUAUUAUUAUUAUUAUUAUUAUUAUUAUUAUUAAUAUUUACCGCUAGAAAGAUCUUCCCCAUCAUUUGAAAGACCUCCCAAAUUUCUCCUUCCCACGGAGAUCAUUAGACAAUAUUGAAGUUGACAAUAUUCUCUCUUUUCUCCAUUUAGUGUAUAGUGUGUGUGUUAUGUACUUACUUAUUUUAUUGUUUUUUCCUUGCUUAUUUUUUACCUGUCACCGAGGUGUUAAAAGUAUCAUUUUAUGGCUACAAGCUAGCAUGAAAACGUUUGCUAUUUAGCUCCUAGACAUCCUUUUAUCAUAACGUAUCAUAACGUUGAAAAAUGUAAAAUUCACUCCAGUUGGAUGUAAUAAUAAAGGUUGUUAUUGUUGUACUUUUUUAUUUUCAUCAGCAUCAUUUAUUUAUUUUUAUUUUUUUAUUAUUUAUUUUAUUAUAUGUUUUUUUGGGGGGGUAGGGGUGGAGCUGUAGGGUCGAAAUUUAAGCUCACAGUAUUAUACAUCUUUAUGGCAAAAGAAACCAUCCAAACUUGGCUCUUUUCAGGUGGCUCACUGCGCAUAUUCCUUUCGUCUACAAUGUGAGAUUGUUAUUCUCCAAGGACAACCAUGGAUCUAUUCCGCCAGCAGUCCUGUUACUCAGUGAUGGUGGUCAUUACGAAAAUCUCGCUAUCUUGCCACUGUUGCAGAGAAAACUAAAGAAAAUUGUUGUCGUCGACGGAGGUUAUAAAGAAAAUGAAGAGGACUACGGAAAGAGCAUUUUAGAUGCAUUGAUGCUUGCUCGUACCGAGCUGAACUGCUCAUUUUAUGUUGAAGACGGUAAAGAUCUCAUUUCAGACUUGAUACGGACGUUUGUGAACCCUUCAAAGCGGAUAAAAUCACGUUAUUACAAGUACGUAUUCUUCACUUAAUUUUCAGGAAUGAUACUCUUUUGGCAUGGUAAAGUGGAGCGAGUCGCUCCAAUAAUCCAGUGUACAAAUUGAAAUAGGUUUCUUUUUACGUCUUGUGCUUUGAUCACUCGAUAACGUUUCCACUAGGUAUUUUUUCAGACAUGAUGAAAAAAGAUGGUCGCAAGCCGGUGGUUUGGAAACGUUACUUUAAUUUUGCAUACUUUUAAAAUACAAUUCAAUCACGUACCUCUUGAUUAAGAGCACACAAUAACUUAAUUUCAUUUUUUUGAAUCAGUUCAGUUCGAUCAUGUUCGUUAUGAAAUAUACUUGUUUAAAAUGGCCAUUAACAAACCAGAGUUAACUCGCAGUCUACAAAUGAUUUUAAACAGAUUUAAAGUCCACUACGAUGAAGAGAAUAAUAGUGAGCCGGAACGCGAUGGAGAAAUCAUCCUUCUGGUUCCAAGGAAACCCGAGGAUAUUCGGAGCAAAGAAGAAAAGCGACGAAUUAACUUGGUGCUGCUGCGAGUGUUGUCAUAGCAAAUCAUGUUUAUGUGCUUGUUUGUCCAAGUGCCUUUGUAAUGCGUUCCCGCAACACAGCACGGCCAACCAGUUCUUCACACCCCGAAUGUUCCAGGCUUAUCACGAGGAGGGAAGCAGGGCCUGCGAAGACGCUAAAGCUGAUGUGUUUUUGCAAACUGUUUCCUCGGUGGUUGAUGUGAGAGACCGUUCGACAGAAGAACCAAAUACAGUUGCUUCUCAACCGCUAAGAGGCGACAGCUGUUCUGUGGAUGAGAGAACUCAAUUACUCGGAGACCACGACUGAAGUAAAGUUAAAUAAGCCCUAGCACUUGCAUGAGACUUUAUAACUCUCCUACCCAUACUAUACAAAGACCCAAGUCACUCGCCGAGCAAAGAUCCAGGGCGCGUGAUCAAAGUUUAGAUUUUAAGAGAUCAUUGCAUGCACAUUAAGAUGAAUAAAAAAAACUACUUUGCCAUGUACUGCAGAAAUACUGGACAGAAUCCCAUAGAAUUGCAGUGAGGUAGAAUAAUACCAACAGACUCAAGAAUAGGUUCUAGAAAUUGGACUUUUGCGUUUGCGCCAGUAUUGCACAUCAUGACCUGUUUGUAUAAUCUUAGCUUAACGUCGAAAAAACUGCGAUUUAAGGUGGCUGAACACAGUUUUGAGGGCAGUCAGCGGUAACUCGCGUGACGGCGCGUGUUUUAAAUUAGACAAACAAACAUGGCGGCGAAAAAAGCAAUGGUACACAGAAGACGAUUUCUCAAAAUCUACUCAUUAAAAUUUUGUGAUAUUUGGCAGAAUUUUUACUUUUCUCGUAUUUUAAAUAAUGAGAACUUUAAAAUGGAAGUUAAACAGACGAAUUUUAUGACACAUUUAAUAAUUACAAUACAAUUAUAUUAUUGAUUAUCUAAAAUGGUAAUGAUUAAUUAUAGUAAGCUGCCUGCAAGUUUAUAGGAAAAUCUAAUUAGCGAAUUUUAUGUAAACUGAGCGAAAGUGAAAUUUUAAGGUUGUAUUCAAGCAUUCAUGUUGCCAUGGAAACAACCGGCGGAGAACGUCACAUUUUACCUGUCAAUAAAAAUCUUUCAUCAGUAUAUUUUUCACUUGCCAAGUUUCAGCUUGUGAGCUGCAACCUUUCUCUUGCUAUGAUUUAGCAAAUGACAUGUACUAAAAAACUGCCAAAACUGUGUUCAGCCACCUUAAACUGUUUGUUAUUCGCAGACUCUUUCUGUUUCGACCAAAUCAAACGUAAAACAGGAUUCGCAAAACUCCAAGACCAUUUUCUCGGAGGUGAUAGCGCAGUGAGUUCAAAAGGUUAUUAAUGAUUUUUUUUUUGCAGUAAGAGUUUAGUUCUAGAUAUCUUACAGUCUAAAAAAGACAUCGAAGUCUUCUAUCUCAUUAAUCAUUUAUUAUAUCCAAAUUGCUGUCGUGAAAACUUGAAGCCACUUACCUCUCUCACCGAAGCUUUUUGACCUGAUCAAUUUUUUUAAACCACCUUUUAUAUUGGCUGGCUCUCCAGCCGUUUGAGUGGUCUGGUUUCAAUCCUUCCCCAAAGAAUAACGCAGGCGGACAAGAGGGCUUGUUAUCUAGCAUCUAGUGAUGGUUGUUAAAUGUAACCGCCCGUGAGGUUACUUUUGCAAGCCUCAAGUUAGAAUCAUUUAGUUGUUUUGUCCUCGCCUCAGCCGAGAGCUUUUAUGCUAGCUCAUGUAUUACAAACAUAAUAUAUUGAUUGAAUAAACUGGUC